CAGACCAGUCUGAAAGCUCACAUAGACCAGGAAGACGUCUUUUUAAAACAAAUGCAGAAUUUAAUUACUACGGAUCCAGAGGAUCAGAGAAGAGAAUAAACAGGACGAGUCUUGAUAAAGAGAAAAGUAAAAGGAAUGUACUUUAAUGUUUUUUCAUAGUUCAGGAGUUGGGCCAGGAUUUUGGUUUAUUAAACCGAACUGAGUAGCGGUGUCAGAUAAAGAUGUAUUUCUGUACCAAGGGAAAAAAGUGAGAAAUUAAAUUUCAUGCUCAAUAAACAAACUUGAUAGUUAAGAUUAAUGAAACAUUUAAAAGUGUUCUUUUGUCUGUUACAAGAAUGUUACUGGGUGAGGUGCAAACAUUCCUACUAACACCAGGAAGGUUAAAAAGGAGAAGGAAAGAGGACAUGAAUGAAUCUUUAUCAUCACAACUAAGACAAGGCAGAAGGAACAGCAUGGGAGAACCUGUACAAUUUGCAGGUGAAUCCAGCAGCCUCCUGACUGAAGAGCAGUUACAGUGUUCUAUCUGUCUGGAAGUGUUCACUGAUCCCGUCACCACUCCAUGUGGACACAGCUUCUGCAACAGCUGCCUCACACAAAGCUGGGAUAUGCGUAAACAUUAUUAUUGUCCAUAUUGCAAAGAGAAAUUCACCAAGAGACCUGAAAUCAAGAUUAAUAUAACACUGAGAGAGGUUGCAGAUCACUUCAAGAAGAAAACAGUCUCAGAUAAGUCUCCGGUUCUUUGUGACUUCUGCACUGAUGUGAAGCAGGAGGCCUUGAAAUCCUGUCUGGAUUGUGGUGUGACUCUCUGUUCAUCUCAUUUAGAUCUACAUAAUAAUGUUCAAAAAUAUAAGAAACACAAAGUAAUAAAUGCAGUGGAGAACCUGGAGAAAUACAUUUGCCAGGAGCAUGAGAGACCUCUGGAGAUGUUCUGUAGAGACGAUCAGAAGUGUGUGUGUCGGUUCUGUACUGUGACAGACCACAAGAAUCACAAAGUUAUUCCAUUAGAGGAGGAGAGUGGACAGAGGAAGUCUCCACAGAACUCAAGAGGAUUCAGCAGUAUGCAGUGGAUGUGACUCUGGAUCCUGAUACAGCUCAUCUCUAUCUCAUCCUGUCUGAUGAUGGAAAACAAGUGACGUGUGGAGACACAAAGC